UUUUCGAAGCAGCUAGCUCUUUUCCUGUGCAGUAAAAGAAGGCGAAUAGUACAAUUAAUGUACAACAUUAAAAACCCAAUUCAAUUUUACAUGCUGAGCCUGUAAUUAAAACAGUUAUUCAGAAUUAGGAAAUAUCUGUGCAUUUAAGACAACUGAAUUGUCAUCAAGCAACUAACAGCUAUAAUAAAGGAAGCCAUUUGCCUUAUACCAUAGUUCAGUAACACCCAUUGAUCAUGUUGAUGGUGAUUACUUUCGGUUGAUUUUAAUCACUGCACUGCUCUGAUUACUUCGGAGGUUGUAAGGCUAUAAAGAGCAUUAGGGCUGAUAUAUCCUAUUAUUUAAGUGUUCACUUUAUUUCUACAUUUGGAUUGAUCCUUAAUAGUGUUCACUUUAUUUCUACUUGGGUAUUGAUAGUUGUGUUUAUAAGGAGAGAUAUAAAAGCAAGGAAUUUUUUCCUUGUGUGUGUUUAUGUUCAUAGAAUUCUGUAAGCGCGAUGACUCAGGUUGUGUGUUUAUACUGCCCACGAUCAAAACCUUCUGGCCAUUCAUACAGUCAACUAGUGUUACUAAGUGUGGGGUGAGGUAUUUUGUGAAUGACAAGUACCGGCACUGGACUAACAUGUAGUGAAAGGGGACUAUUGUCUCAACAACACAAGAAAAAGAAUGGCGAGAUGAAGUCAGCCACACUGAGUACCACCACACAGCACACCCCUCCGCCGGAGAGGAAGAGCAAAUUCUCUUCCAUCGGCAAAAUAUUCAAACCCUGGAAAUGGAAACGGAAGAAAAAGAGUGAAAAGAUCGAAAGGGCAGCAAAAGAAAUAGAAAGAAAAAUAUCUAUCAGAUCAACACGAGAAGAAUUAAUACGCAAAGGUGUGUUAAAAGAUGUGGAAGCUGACCAGACGCCCAGGCUGGCAACGAUUGAACAACAGCCAAAUUCUGCGGAGAAUUCCCAGAAUGUUCAGGUGGAGGUGACGGUAUCCGAAUCCAACCAUGUCAAUUCACAUGCCAUCACAGCUGAAGUCAGUUCACCAGAAGUGUCAGCCUCAGAGUGUAAUGGAACUGCCACAGUAGAAACUGUUACCAUGGAGACCCCACCUGUCACUACGACAACCCAAGCAGAAAUCACCCCUGCACCAGUGUUGACAACUGCCCAGGUCAGACCUAUGGUAUUCCCACACCUACAGAGCUCCAGUACCCCUGAUUCUGCUGUGUCCAAUGUAGCCUCUGAGCCACAACCCCCUCCCCCAGAGGAGGAGAAACCUAUGGAUCCACCCCCUCCACCUCCCGCGGAAGAAGUUUCAGAGGUGGCACAGCCAAAGGAAAAGGAUCCCCCUGAAUACAGUGAUCCGACUGGAACAUUCCAGAUAGCACCGGCUUCUGAUUGGGACAAUUCUAAACUUCCUAGGAAGAGUGCAUUAAAAGGGGGAGGUCAGCCCGAUUCUCCCCCAGCGACCCAUACUCCAUCUGUUCAAUUUUCACAUGUAGAUACCAUUGAAUCACCGCCCUAUGAAGAGAUGAUACAGGUCAGCGAACCAAAGUCCUCACCCAAAGCCACCCCAGUCGCAGCACCCAGGCCAAAACUCAAAGGAGGUUUUGUAAAAUUCACAGCCAGUGAUAAUAAAGAAAACCUAACAGACACACCAGUAGCCAAACAGUCUUUCACAAACAGUCACACAGACAAAGGCUCUAAGCCUGACUAUAAUCCUGCAGAUGACUCCUCUUCAGAUGAUGAAGAGAUUCGUUACCGUGACGAUGAGGAGGAGGAUGAGGAGGAAGAGACAGUGUCAUCACUGGCAGCAAAGGUUGCUCGACAAGAUAGUUUAGCACGGUUUCUUAGAAACAGACCAACUCGUAUAGAACUGGUGGAGAAAAACAUCAUUCAGGAAAAGUCUUCUACGCAGAAGGUGGAAGAUCGCAAUGCCAUUGGUAGCAAGCUAAUCAGGCGACUGAGUCUACGACCCACACAGGAGGAAUUAGAACAAAGAAACAUUUUGCACACUCAGAGUAUUGACCAAGCUGAAAAGGACAAAGAGGAAAAGAAAAGAUACCUCAUAAGGAAGCUAAGCUUUAGACCCAGCAUAGAGGAAUUGAAGGAGAGGAAGAUCAUCAAGUUCAAUGACUAUGUGGAGUGGACUGACGCCCACGAAUACGAUCGACGGGCCGACAAGCCUUGGACUAGACUAACUCCAAAGGACAAAGCUGCCAUAAGAAAAGAACUGAAUGAAUUUAAAAGUAAAGAAAUGGCUGUUCAUGAGGAGAGCAAACACUUAACAAGAUUUCAUCGCCCUUGACAAUAGUUCCUCGGAUAUUUUCUGUUUGUAUUGUCUAUGAACAAGGGGCCUCAGACACUGUUAUUUUGAGCAGCUGGUCCUGUAUAUUUAAUUGUUUGCUCACAGCACAACACGGUCAGGGAGUCCGCUCACAGCCUCAGUUUGAUUUCUCUGUGAUGACCCGUCUUUCACCGCUUUGUGUAGUGUUUCCUUUCCUUAUCAUUUCACAGUAUCGAGCUUUAGCUAGAAAAUUGAUUUUUUUUUAUUUUACCGGUACUUGUAUAAUUUUUUCUUUUAAACCUGAAAUUCACCUCUAAUGAUUUUGGUGUCCGCAAGUUUUAACCAUGUUGUUAAGUGACUCCCAUAGAGAAAAGGACUUGAUUUUGUGUGCAAUAUGAAGAUUUGCCAUAACAGUAUCUGUGACUGCACAAAGAGCAGCAUGCUGGUCCUCUUCAGAGGUGUUCGCGGUGUGAAGCACUUUAUAUAUUAAGCCUCAUGAUUAUGUCCAACAAAACUAUAUACAUGCCUGUAUUUUUAUGUUUUGAGCAGUUUGAACAAGAGAGCAUCUGAUGGUUCCGCAUCAUAUUUCAAUGGUUUCACAACUUGUAUUGAAAGAACAAUACAAUGCACAAAAAGUGACUUAGACUUUAAAGGAACCUAAAAGUUUUUAAGACGUUGUACUUGUUUUUGGCUCUUUUUGAUAAAAAUAUGUUGCAUAAGGCAUUGAAAGAGAGAUAACAUAAAUUAUUUUUUUCUUCAGAUUCAUGAGAACAGACAACAUAAAUAUGUGCGUGAGCCUCAUUUUGCGUGUAUGUGUGUGUGUGUAAGUUAUGCAUUGUGAUGAAAACUGAUAUUCAAGAUCUAUUUUUAAGGUUUAGGUGUUUGUUACUUAGAUGCUUCAAAGAAAUUUUUUUUACACAGCUUUUGCUUCUUUAAAUAAUUUAGCUUAACAUUAAUUCACCAGUUGUCCUCAUGCAUUGUCAAAAUAUUUUUUUUCUAUAUUCAUUUUGGGAAAACUACUUAAACUCCUGAGCAACACAUGCAUGUAUUUGUAUUCUGUAGGAUGGAAAAAAACCUAGAGGCUAUUUAUACUAACUCAGCUUUAAACGAUUGAUGACUAAUUUAAAUUCAAAAGAGUUAUUAGCAGUAGAACUGUGUGUUACAUGAUUUGUUUAUAUCAUCUUUAUAUAAUUGUCUGGCUGAGUGUUGUUAGGAGAUGUACAGGUCAUCACCAGUGAUGUAAACGCUUACGCUGUUGUACAUAAAUCGCUUACUAUUGUUAAUUUAUGAUCAGUUAUAGUGCUAAGCAGCAUUGACUUCAUUUGCGUACCACUCUGCUCGUCAUUUUCAACUAACUGACCAUCAACUGGUAUAUAGAGAGUAAAUUGGGUACAGCUGAAUGGUGCAUUGUAUCAUAUUGCAGCCAGAUCAUCAAUUCACGUUCAUUCCAUCAUUACAUUUUGUCCGAAGGAAUAUUGAAUUCACUUCUGAACAUUUCUGUGAUAAUGUUAAUCAUUUAUUCUCAUCUUUUAGAAACAGUGAUGUACUGAUGGUAAUUUUUGUUAACUAUUCAUCGUGUGUACAUGUCAGAUGAUAGAAAUAAAAUGUAAACAUGUACAGCCUUAACCUGUCAAACUUUAUACUACAUCACUUUGUGAAUAUGGGCUAUAGAUGUAACAGUACUUGGGUUCAUAAAUUUUGCCCAUCAUUUUAUACUGUUAAUACAGUCAAGUUAAUGAAUAAAUUAUAUGAAAUACCAA